AGUGUAAACCGCUCUAAAAUUAUGAAUAGGCUUGGAAAUAAUUCCUCCCCCCCCCACCCCCACAGUCUGAGUCACCGGCCCUCACUCAUCACUUCCUGCUCGGCAAGUCGCAUGCGUGUCUGAUCUCCAUGACGAUGCUCCCCGAGCCGCGGGAGAGCGGGGCGUGGGUCCGCUUCAUCUCGGCGUCUUCCUGUAGCCCCCGCCCAAGGAGAGGAUGUCGAAGCUGGACAAACAACGAAUGGACGACGUCCUCAAGAUCUGCCGCUUCUCUCUUCGGCUCAGAGUCGCCACAGACAGGGUGUUUUGUGGGGAGAGAGAAGGGAAAGCAAAGGAGCGUGAAAGGAGUUUAGAGAAAGGCAAAGCAGCAGCUCAGACAUCAGCUUUGGAACGAGACGGGUCACGUGCGGCCGUGGGCGUUGGGUAACCCCACUCGGAGCUGCGGCCUCUUUGCUGCAGCGUCCACGUGGGAACCGGCUGGUCCGCGGUUCUGAGGGCAGCCGAGCAGCCGGGGGCACCGGCUCACGGCUCAGGGUUCGCGGGGAAAGGCGGUGUCAGACCCACGUCCCCGGCAAAGCCGCCGCCGUACACGGACGGGAGGCUGCAAACUAAAUCCAAACCAUUCGCGCAUUCGAGGUCGUCCGCUGCUUCUCCUCGGGCACCUGCAGACUUGCGGGCAGUUCUCCCUGUCUGGCCCACCCUCUGUAGUCCGUCUUGCGUGUAGCUGCUAGGACGGUCACUUCCGGCACCAAAUGUCUCGUGUCCCUUUGCCCAGCAACUUGCCAUCGGUCUCGUUCACCCCUGUGUGAAAUAAUUCUCCAGCCUAAACUUCGGGCGGCUUCAUCACACUGUCACUGGGACUCUUUCCUCAUGUCCUUGUAAGUCCCCGCGCUGUAUUUUUCUGUAGACUGUCUCUCAAGCUGAUGACACCUGCCUCUCUCAACAGCCACCGUAGUCGCUGACAUUAACCGCGCUGACUCUGGGCCGAGCGCUGUGCUCAUUGCUGCUGGACCCUUUUCCGUAACCCUCCGCUCGGCAGGGAAGAAAACUGGGUCUCAGAGAGGCUAAGUCCCUUGCGCAGAGCCAUGGAGCUACUUAAGGUGGGGCUGGGGCUUGAAGCCGGGUGGCCCAGCCCAAGGCCCCCGGCUGACCGUCCGCCCACCGCCCCAAUCCCGCCAUCCUCAGGCCUGGCCCGAGACGUCUUCCGAGGAGUACGUUCUGAUGACCUGAUCCCGCCUCUGACUCUGCAGCGCGUGUGCACGCGCCGCCGGCCGGGACGUGCAGUCGUCUCCCCCCACCCCAAGCCCCCAGGCUCAGCCCAUCACUGAGCCCUGCCGUUCCUCAGGCUCCAAGGUCCAUCCUUGCGGGGAGAGAGGUCCACUGCCACCUCGGCACAGGCCCCGCGAGCCAGCUAGCCACCAUCCCCCCCGAGUCGGGGGACGGAGGUGGCCCAAGGCCCUGGCAGAGCCCUGAGCUGUGGGGCACAGGAUGGGAGGGAGGGCGGCUCCCCGUCCAGACCACGUCGGAGCUGAGAUGGGGCUGUGUACUGGUCAGUGGCGGGGUGCACUCCAUCUCAGGGAUCAGCGUUGGGCCCCACCUGCCUACACUGUGGCCGGACGAGCAGACAUGGGCCCAGCCCCAGGGAAGCGAGGCAGCUGGCAGGGGUGGGAACAGAGCCCCACUGGUGAGGGGCCAGCAGGUGGCAGAGGGCAGGAAAGGCAUCUUACUGGUGAACUUUGGGGGGCUCUGUCUGCUCCUCAGAGGUCCCUGGAGCCCUGGGCAUGCAUGCCCUGUGCGGACAGCUAUGCAAGGGCUAAUGCCACCCCCUCUUCUGCUGGGAGGGGACUCAGGUUGGGGCUGGACGGCCUACCUAAGGUGUGCCCCCUGGGAGCUACUGGGCUCAGGCGGGCUGCCCCUGUGCCUCCCUCAGCCUGGCACACCUGCAGUUCACCUGCGUUCCACCUUUUAAACACCCUGCUCACCAUCUGCACACCACCUGUCACCUUGCCGUGCAUCUGAAUCGCAUUCACCUCGAAUCCCUUCCAAGGCCUCUAGACCAAACCCGAACCCCUCGCCUUGGAAUUCGAGGCCCUUCAAAACCAGACCCCUGAUUUCCGAAGCCACCUCAUCGCCUGUGGCCGGGGCCUAGGUCUCCUCUUGAUGAAGCUUCCUCAUGAUUCCACGAGGCGCACGGCAGUCACCUCCGCCUCUGACGCUGAGGGGAGCAGCCAGAAGACCAUGGGCUGUGCUGUGGCUACUUCCUGUGUGUCCUCGGCCAGGUACCUCGGUGUCUCUGUGCUUCCGAUUACGUACCCGUGGAAAUGCUUUACCAGAUGUUUGGAUCCCGUGGGACCCCGCCGCCUGGAACACCUCCGUCUGGCCUGCCCAGAAAACUUAAGCCUCUGACUAGCUCUUCUACAUCUGGAACAAAAGUCAUCGUCCUUUCCCUCCUGUCUCCAAGGUACCACGACCAGCAGGACGUGACGAGCAACUUCCUGGGUGCCAUGUGGCUCAUCUCCAUCACGUUCCUCUCCAUCGGCUACGGGGACAUGGUGCCCCACACCUACUGUGGGAAAGGCGUCUGCCUGCUCACCGGCAUCAUGGGAGCGGGCUGCACCGCCCUCGUGGUGGCCGUGGUGGCCCGGAAGCUGGAACUCACCAAAGCGGAGAAGCACGUGCACAACUUCAUGAUGGACACUCAGCUCACCAAACGGAUCAAGAACGCCGCGGCCAACGUCCUCCGGGAGACGUGGCUGAUCUACAAACACACGAAGCUGCUCAGGAAGACCGACCACGCCAAAGUCCGGAAGCACCAGAGGAAGUUCCUCCAAGCCAUCCACCAACUGAGGAGCGUCAAGAUGGAGCAGAGGAAGCUGAGCGACCAAGCCAACACCCUGGUGGACCUUUCCAAGAUGCAGAACGUCAUGUGCGACUUAAUCACGGAGCUCGGCGACCGCAGCGAAGACCUGGAGAAGCGGAUCGGCAGCCUGGAGGCCAAGCUGGAGCACCUGGCCGCCAGCUUCCAGUCCCUGCCCCUGCUCAUCGCCGACGCCCUGCGCCAGCAGCAGCAGCAGCUCCUGUCUGCGGUCAGCGAGGCCCGCGGCGGGGGCGUGGCGGUGGGCGCCACCCGCGCCCCGCCCUCCGACAGCCCCAUCGGGGUCAGCUCCACCUCCUUCCCGACCCCCUACACAAGUUCUAGCAGUUGCUAAACGAGCCUCCGCACUCCGGAAGCAUCGCCCAUAGGUCUUAAGAUGCAAAUCGACUCUCCUGGUCACUUUGCCAUCGAGGGACACUGAGGCCAGGGAACGGAAAGACGAGAGACCGAGCUGACUGGCUGGCUCGCCAUCGCGCGUGUGCUUGGUUCGAUAUGCCUUGAAACCAGAAAUCUAAUCUGUUUUCGGUGCCUCUACUCGGGAGCGGGAAGCGGAGGUGACAGGAAGCGACGCCUGUGGCAGGGCCCUUGCUGCAGAGGUGGCGGAGAACAGAAAUCCGCGCUCAAUCUCAGGUGUUCACGUGGGGUGGGAGGACCGACGCGCUGAGCUGGGCAACAGCGCAGCCCGCGGAGGAGGCUCGCGCUGGGGGAGGGGCGUGCCAGGCUGGGGGCGGGGUUCCUUACCCCGGUUCGGUCCGGUCCGGUCCGGGCACGCCUCUCUCCUGUCCUUUUGUCUAUGGGAGACUCUGGAUGACAAAAGGAAAAGAGAGCUGCCCACAACUUGCCAAAACUUCAUCCCAUACCUUACAGAAUCAUAAAACCUAAUUUGGACGGAAGAAAAAGCAGCUAGAUUUUCCAUCCAAUAUUAAUACCCAUAGAAACUGUGUUUGCAAGUGUGUGUGUGUGUGUGUGUGUGCGCGCGCACACGUGUGCACACACACACACACACACACACACACACACACAUCCCACAUUCGACCCAGGUCUUUUCUUGUUUAAACCCGACCCAAGUUUAAAGGGACCUGGUUCCUUAUCCUGCGCGUGGUAGGCACUCCCUAAAUGUGUGUUGAGGCCAUUUGGAUGGAGCGGGUGCUUUCGGUUCCGGGGGUUUGCAGGCGUCAGCCACACCCCGAGCUGCAGGAGAGACGCAGGGCCCUUCAGCUUCUCCCCGGACGUACACCGAGCCUGCCCAGCCUUAGAUGCGUGCCAGGCCCACAGUGUUGGCACUCUGGAGGGAUGGCAGCCUUCUAAAACUGACAGCCUGGCAGGGUUUUCCCCUCGUACCCAAAUGAGCCGCGUUCCCAUGGAGCGCAUGACCCGCUCAGGACACGUGACGCCUGCGUGAACGGGAGUACUGUCCGGGGAUUCCCUCGGCUGGAUGUGGCCAGCGACAGGUUUCCAGGCCCAGGUGUUAGGAGUGCAGAGGGGUCGAGUGCCUGACCUGAGAGCUGCUCAGCUGGAGGGAGAGGUGACAGUGAGUAGUCCCUUCCACCUGACCCAAAAUCACCUCAACAUGAAAGAUGAUGAGAAUCAAGGGAGCCCUUAGGGAGCCUUGCGGGCCAGGUGAGACGGCAUGCAUUUGUCAGUAGCCUGUCCUACUGUGCCACGAUAACCUCGGUGCCAAAACGGGCCUAAUGCAUCCCGAAGUCCGGGAGCCUUCAGAACAUCAAGGUCCGGUGUCAGUGUAAUGACAGGCAUCGUGAGGACAGGGCCUCGGGAUGCAAACUCUUCUCAUGGCUCCAUGACCUAACCACACGUAACGUUUGUGAUGUGGACGCCACCGUGCUAUUGGCCAGCUUCUCAUUCCGAGGUCUUUGACUUCUGCUUGCCGCUGACCCCACGUGCAGUAUUUCAUCUGCUCGGGGCGAAGCAGCAGGGUGUCAUGUGUGUGCAGGUGCUCCGCUGGGAUUCGCUCUGCACGGGACGUCAUCGCCACCCCGAAGGCAGUGUCUGGCUGUGAUUUCCCUCUGCAGCACCAGCCUGCUCCUUCCUCUAAGGCAGCGGUCCCCGACCUUUGUGGCACCGGAGACCAGCGCUCCUGUGAGCAUCUGAUGCCUGGUGAUCUGAGGCGGAGCUGAGGCGGUGAUGCUGGCGCCGGGGAGCGGCUGCAGACACAGAUGAAGCUCCGAUGGCCCGCUGCUCACCUCCUGCUGUGCGGCCCGGUUCCUAACAGGUCACGGACCAGUACCGGUCCACGGCCGGGGUUUGGGGACCCCUGUUCUAAGGGCGAAGGUAGACCACCCUAGAACUAAGGCCACUCUUUCGAGGAGAUCUGGUCUCCUGCUAACCUUCUUUCUCUCUCUAUUGCUGUUGCGAUUCCUUUAACGGGCUCCCGUUUAUUUCCGAAGAUUUUCUCAUUCGAAGAUUUUCAUUUGGCCACCACAGAUGCCACACUUGCUGUCGGCCUUUUUUAAUCUUGUUAACUAUUGAUGCUCUGAAAGCCCCCUCUCCUUUUUUAUGUCCCGGGAAUGGUGCUCCCCUUGUUCGUGACAGUUCAGCUGAACACUUAAACAGACGUGCCCACAGGUGAAGCAACCGUGCGGUGUCUCUGUGGCUUCGGUUCCAUUUCACAGAGCGAAGGCCACAGACGGCCGAGCCGAGUGUGCCUGUCCUGACCUUUCAACUGACAGCCCUCGACUAUUUGUUUCUGCCCCCCCGUUUCCGUCCCGCUGCGACCCUGUGGCGUGUGUGCGCGUGCACACGCGUAGUGAUUCGGUUUUCCUUUCAAACAAACGACAGGCGACACUAGUUGAUCCAUCCCGGUCUGUGGACAAUUCUUUAACCCAUCGUUAACGCCAUCGGCGUCGGUAAGGCCUGGCCGAGCCAGCAACGCCAGCGAAGGUUGAGGUCGCAGUGUCCUCAGUGGGCGUUCGGAGCCUGACUCGACCUAUUGGUAGUGCAAUAGCAAUAUAUUGUUUUGUCCUUGGCAAAGAAUACUUAAUCUUCCCCACCCCCGCCCCCCACGAAGUGGUCCAAGCUGCGUGUCGAUCCUGCAGUGGCUAACGGAAGCUGUACUAGUAAUUCAGCUUUAGGCAGGGAGGUCCGCAUUUUCCUGCAAGUACAAUCAACCCUUGAUGACUUAGGUAUCGACUAUCCGGGGUAUGGCUUGCCCAGGUGUUCUUCCUCCAGCCCAUCUUUUGGCUAACCCCACUGCCCCUCAGCAUCACAGGCAGAUGGGAAAGGGGGCAGGUGGAUUCUCACGCCAUGCCUUCUCGUUCCUUGUUUUCAGGUUCGAUGGUGGAGGAGGUUUAAUUAUCUACUCGAGAAUUGGCUAUAUGUAAAAACUGCGAAUCAUGAUAACCUCACUCCAGUACUGAACUGAUUGAGUUCUGCCCGCUUCUGGAAGGCUGGACCAGUGACAGAGCCCCUGCUUUAACUUUUCUUUUAAUUUAGUGACAGGUCAAAGUACCCUCAUGUUCCCUAAAACAUUUAGACACUUGAAUUAAAAAUACAGGGCCACCCCACAUCGCUUAAGCCAUAAUAUCGUUCCAUGUACUGUAAAGUCAGGGGUGUACCGUGAUGCUUUAAGGCCACGAAUCUCAGUGGGAUUCCAGGACAUAGCAUCAGUCGGUAAAUUCUACCAGACUAGGGCCCCCCUCCUCCUUAGAUUGAAGUCCAAAUAAAAACCACCUUAGGUUCAAAGGCCACCUGUGUGUGAUCACCACGAAUAAAUGGUCAUAAAGUAUCUGAAACUGCUCUUGCCAUCCUCACAAUAUGUGACUCCAUGAAAUCACAUCUCUAGAAAUUCUUAAUCCAAAAGAACGAGAAGGGAAAGGCCCCGAGUCACCACUGCCUUCUGGCUUCAGCAGGGACCAGUGGUAUGACAACCACCUCGUAACUUAGGAGGUGCAGAAGACGUACGUGCACGUAAAUUCUAAAGCACUGAGCAAGUGCAAGCUGUCAUGACUUAUUUAAGAGCAAGAAGGAACAGCGUGGAAGAAAUACGAUUUUAAUCUGUUUGAGGAUUUCCCCCUCUGAUUCUCAGUGAUUUCCUUGUGAAUAAGUAAUGAAGGAAAAGGAGAGAACUAGAGACUCAGAAUCAGAAUAAAUAAAACUCCUGACACUGGAUCCACACCUUUGGCCAAUUAAUAGAACCACCUCGUACCUCAGCUUCUCUGUACUUAAAACGAAGAUAAUAGUUAUAUUCUUAAGUACAAAGUAUUCAACAGAGUUUUAAAAAUGGAAUCGCUGUUGCCAUCAACGGCAAUGCCAACACUCUCCUCCCUCCCCCCCCCGCCCCCACACACACCUCGGUGUUGCAUCUGAAUGCAAACGGUAGUUUCCAAAAAGCGAUGGUUAUGUCUCAGCUAGGUCAGGAGGUGAGCAGGGAGAAACGUGAGGUGAGCGCACCGUUCCAGGACCUCCCUCCUCCUCAGAGUGCACCCCGACACACAGUGCACCCCAAAUUAGGAAUCCGUGUUUCAUCCCGGAGCAAAUGCUCUUGCUGCCAUCUCAGUACCCCGGCUGAGACACUGUGAAUGAAGUCAUUGCACUACCAGUAGGCUGCCUCUCUCUUUAACUUCCUGCUUUGGAAUCCUAAAAUAUGUCCCCAGUUCUUCACAGUCAUUCUUCUCCUCUGGAAAAUUGCUUAGAAGGAGAGUCAAGAUCCGUUCGUCGUCGCUUGGCUGUCCCUAUUGACCCCGUGGCGUUUGAUUUCAGCACCUGGGACAGCUGCCCGGCGGUUUCCUGGUAGGCUGGGGACGGCCCCCUCCCCCGCACGUAGUCAGAUUGGCGCCGUAGGAACUGCCUGCCCCUGGUAGGGAAUGGAGGCGCGUGGUCUUCAUCCUGAAACUCGUGCCAGGCUGUGUGCGUAGCAAUUAACACUAAACUCCCGUGGACAGGUAAACGUAGGUUUUUACUGAAAUAGACCGGAGCUCAGUGCGAUGGCACGUCAAUGUGUUCAGACAGAGCAAAACAUAACUGUGAUCUUUUCUUCCUCAUGCCGCUACUGGAAGCUCCCCCCACCCCCCCAGCGCGAACUGGAGUGCCCUCCGAACAAAACCGUUGUCAAAUCCUCAACGUAUGACCUCCAACCCAGGUGCCGAGUGCCCCUGCCACACUUGUUUACACACCUGAGAGAUGCAUCCUGGAAGCUGUAACCUUAGGCCGGGACCACGUGUUGAAGCAUACGAGAGAGACGGUGUGACCAACCAAGCUGGUAGAGGAAAAGCACAAACUUCAACACCAACCCGAAGUUAGGAUCCCAAAGAGAUGCUGAAUUUAUAGCCAAAAAAAAAAAAAAAAAAAAAUCAGUGACAAAUCAAGCGUGAAUCUGAUU